ACGGCCGAGGUCAUAUCCGGUUUUAUCCUCAGCUCCACCGCUGAAGUUCGCAGUUUGACUUGCUAUGCCUGCCACAGAAAGAAAGUGAAAUAAAUACGGAGCUUUAACUCUCACGGACAGUGGUAUAACUUGUGUAGCUUAACGGCCCGUGUGUACCAGUGAGACAUAAACAUGUUUUCCUUGUCAAUGACUGUCCAACCACAGGUGACUGUACCUCUGAGCCACCUCAUCAAUGUCCUCCACUCUGUGAAGAGCUCAGUGGGAAGCAGCAUCAGUUCCUCCUGCAAAUCAAGAAAUCACAAGGAGCAUGCCUCAGACAAAGAACUACACCGCACAGAGCCCAUGUGGAACCUGCGUGAGCUUGGCUUGUCAGACCUGGGAGCACAGCAGCUGGAUGAGCUGCUGAACAGUGUGUUGCCACGCUUGAGUCCACAGAAGGCGCCACUUCCAUCGGGUGGACAGACAGCCUGGAGGACUUCACAUCUUUCUACACACUCCUUUUACCACAAUAAGCAUGGCUACUCAUGUGGUGCAAUGCCCCUGUCUUAUUCCAGGCAGCACCCUUCACCUCUCCAGUCUGUCUGCACAGAGCUACAACACUGGCCAGUGUGGGUCCCGAGCAGAGGCUUUAAAACUUUAAAGAGCAAAACCCGACGACAGCAGUCGGGCUUGGACCGCCCCCUGGACUCCGAAGGGUUCACUCCAUCCUUCAUGAAGGGUUUCCUGACACGGGACAAGGGGGUUGAAGUUGAAAGUCUAGACAGCCUGGUUAAGAUAAAGAACAUACCGGAUGGACAGCAGGAUUCUUUCAAGAGGGGCUUCGCUGAGGGUUUCCUGAAAGCCCAAACCCUGACACAACGCACACAAGACUCUCUCAGGAAGACUCGUCUGAUCCUGCUGGUGCUGCUUCUUGUUGGGCUCUAUGGUCUGUCCAAGACCCCCUUCAUAUCGGUACGGUUCCGAACCACAUCAGGCUUGGACUCGGCAGUUGACCCCGUCCAGGUGAAGAAUGUGACAUUUGAGCACGUCAAAGGGAUCGAAGAAGCUAAGAACGAGCUGCAGGAAGUGGUGGAGUUCCUGAAAAACCCAGAGAAGUUCACAGCCUUGGGAGGAAAGCUGCCAAAAGGUGUUCUGCUCGUUGGCCCUCCAGGGACCGGAAAGACUCUACUGGCCAGAGCGGUGGCAGGAGAGGCAGACGUGCCAUUCUACUACGCCUCCGGAUCCGAAUUCGACGAGAUGUUUGUUGGAGUGGGAGCCAGCCGCAUCAGGAACCUUUUCAGGGAGGCUAAAGCCAACGCUCCCUGUGUGAUCUUCAUUGAUGAACUGGACAGUGUGGGUGGGAAAAGGAUCGAGUCUCCCAUGCACCCUUACUCCAGACAGACUAUCAACCAGCUACUUGCUGAGAUGGAUGGGUUCAAACCAAAUGAAGGUGUGAUCAUCAUUGGAGCAACCAACUUCCCAGAGGCUUUGGAUAAUGCUCUGAUCCGCCCGGGACGUUUUGACAUGCAGGUGACUGUCCCCAAACCAGACGUGAAAGGACGCACAGAGAUCAUCAACUGGUAUCUGAGGAAGAUUAAAGUGGAUCCAGCUAUUGAGGCCAGCAUUAUUGCCCGGGGCACAGUGGGCUUCUCUGGCGCUGACCUGGAAAAUCUGGUCAACCAGGCUGCCCUGAAGGCAGCAGUAGAUGGCAAAGACAUGGUCACCCUGAAGGAGAUGGAGUUUGCUAAAGACAAAAUCCUCAUGGGCCCCGAGAGAAAGAGUGCCCAAAUAGACAAGAAGAACAAGACCAUCACAGCGUACCAUGAAUCAGGCCAUGCAAUCGUAGCCUACUACACCAAAGAUGCCAUGCCGAUUAACAAGGCAACUAUCAUGCCCAGAGGCCCCAGUCUGGGACAUGUGUCCAUGCUCCCGGAGAACGAUCGCUGGAGUGAGACUCGCUCUCAGCUGCUGGCCCAGAUGGACGUCAGUAUGGGCGGCCGUGUAGCAGAGGAGAUCAUAUUUGGCCAUGAGUACAUCACAACCGGUGCAUCAAGUGACUUUGACAGUGCCACAAAGAUCGCUAAGAUGAUGGUGACCAGAUUUGGAAUGUGUGAAAAGUUGGGUGUGAUGACCUACACUGACAUGACAGCCCAGAGCCCAGAGACUCAAGCAGCUGUGGAGCAAGAAAUCAGGGCGUUACUGAAGGAGUCUUAUGAUCGUGCCAAAGCUCUGCUGAAGUCUCACAACAAAGAGCACAAAAACCUGGCAGAGGCUCUGCUUACGUAUGAGACACUGGAUGCCAAAGACAUCAAGCUGGUCCUGGAGGGCAAGACUCUGGAGACUAGAUGAAACUAGAAACAAGGACAGCAACAAUCAGGGGGAGCAACAAGGGGGUGAGGGGGGGGGGGGGGCAGAUUUUAAGAGCUCAGGGGUCAUGGAAGGAGGGAUGGACUCAGUUGAUGAGCAGUGAAUCAGAGAUGGAAUAAGUCCUGGCCUGCGUUCACAAAGUCUCUUGACUAGUGCUCAUGUGGGACGAUGUUCUAUCUUCAUGCUGUCACCUCCGUGUAAUCUCAUUAUUAUUUCCAGAUAGGUAGUUUUGUUAUGUUGCACAGGUUCACUGUAUGUGACCAAGGCUAACCGAAGAGAUGCCUAAGGAUAAGGAUGUUGCUCAGGUCACUCAAAUAAUCUGUAAAUGUAAGCAGAGCUGCAUCUGACAAUUAUUGUCAUCAAUUUAUCUGCCGAUUUAUUUUCUAGAUGAAUCUUUUGAUCUGUAGGACUGCGUCUCGUUUAAAGAAUGAUGAUAUCAGCACCCUUAAAGUGACACCGACACCAAUAGAGUAUUUCACUCGAUAUGCAUGGAAUGCCACACACAAAUUAUUUUUACACAUUAAUUUUGAAAGUGUUCAAUUUAUCAAAAAUAUUUUGUUAUACCGCGCUCUACUUCACCACACCACAGACUAGGAUCGCACGCCACAAUAAAUCAAAGAACAUUUACUGUGAUGCGAGCAAAAUCAUACAAAUAGUCUUCUUUUCUUUUCUUUUUUACAUAAGUGUACAAAAAUGAUGAAAUGCAUGUAUAGUUUUACUGGAGAAGUUUGGUCUGACCUAAUAAAAUGUCAGAAAAUAGUAAAUAUAAAAUAGUUUCUCAACGGUGAUGUCGUUAAAUGUCUUGUUCUGUCAGUCCAAAACCUAAAGACAUGCACAUUAAUAUGAUAUAAAACAGAAAAUCAGCCAUUUUUGCAUGGAAAAUUAUUUACACGGUAGAAUUUGAAAACAACAUCCGCAGAGGAUUACUUUUGUAUUGUUAACUGUUGAAAAAGGAGUUGAAAUUUGGUCAAAUUCUCUUCAGCUCGGUCUGUUGUGAGCUGCUGUGUAAUCAUUGCAACUAUACUUUAACUGAAUCUCAACUCCUUUUCGUCAGUUGACUUAUAUCUGUCAUUUGUCUCGUAUUUCUUCGCGGUCAGACUCUACUUCUAGCUUGCGUGUGUCUCAACUUUGACACCAAGAAGUGUCACAUUCGUGUGCUGCACUUUGUCUUUCCAUCUAAUUCGUUGUAUCUGGGAUGAUCAUGUGUAUACAUUCUCCUGCACCCCUCUGCAUUAGUCCCUGUUACUCAUUUUUAAAGGUGGCCUUUUGGGGAAUGUACUGUAAAUGUAUGUUUUUCCUUUUUUGAAGGAGGAAGAGUAUUAAGUUAAACUAACGUCUCAGCACUUUUGGUUGAAGUGUAUGAAUUGAAAAUACACUUCAUGUAAUUUAUUUCAUUUCUGAUGUGUAUACAGAUGCAUUACAAAAAAGAAGCAACUAAUACAAGCUGUGUUUAUGUAGUGGUAGAGCAUUGGGAUCUUUAGGACUUUAAAGUUCAAAUGUUUGGCCUAAGUUAUUUGAAUAGUCUGAGUUCGGCUUCCGAAAAACCUCUGCUAAAUAUCUGUUUUUUUUGUAUUUGCAAAUGAGUUGAUGAUAGACUCCUAAUCUUUAGAUUAUUCAGAAAAACAACAAGGCCAGUUAUCAGUAAUCUCCCUUUGGCCUCUCCUUUGUUUCCACAGCCUGACACUGCUCUGUGUUUGAAGGAAGUUAUGCCCCAAUGUUUGAAUAGUUAGAGCAGCAGCAGCAGUGUAUGUUUAGCAUUGUUGAACAUGUAACAUCUAGGUCAUGAUUACCACCAGCAUAUGUUCUUCAUAGUGUUGCCCUUUUCAGUUUGUUUGCUUUAAUGUGACACUAUUUCUUCAGUGUAUUGGCCUUUCAUCCUUGUUUAGCUGUAUAUGAGUUUGGGAUAUAAUGAGAACAUUGUAUAUAUGUGUAUAGUAAUGCUUUUAUGCUGAGAACACAUCGAAUGGCUCUCUGCUGUUGAUCGACAUAAUCCCUCAAUAAUAUGAAGGAAAUGGUUGAUGAAUGUUUGUGCAGCUGAAAUAAAUAAAAAGCAGCCCAAAUAUAA